UGGAGGGGAUAGCACCGGAGACUUAGCGCGACAAGGUUGUGUGCUACAUCGAGUGUUUUCGAGUCUGCACGUCUUUCGAGGAAUGCAGAGUCCCUCCCUCAGUCGUGUUGAGACUUUCCGCUGAAUUCCCACUUGACUACUCUGGCUAGCAUCCAUAAGAUCCACCACACCUUGCACAGGCUGAACCUGACAGAAGACGUUGGACAGGACAGCCACCCCUCAGCUUGCUGCUCUAGAGCCAUGCCUCCUAGGAAAAAGAGGAGAGCCCCUGCUGGAGAUGACAUGUCUGCCAAGAAGAGUCGUCAGGACAGCGUUUUCAGGAAACAUGAAACAUCACAGAUCUGCGAGGAGGAGACGUUUUCUAGCAAAAGGUGUUUGGAAUGGUUCUACGAAUACGCAGGCUGUGACGAUGUGGUGGGCCCAGAGGGCAUGGAGAAGUUCUGUGAGGACAUUGGAGUGGAACCAGAAAAUGUGGUGAUGUUGGUUCUUGCUUGGAAGCUGGAUGCCCAGAGUAUGGGAUAUUUCACCCUGCAGGAGUGGCUGAGAGGCAUGGGCUCACUGCAGUGCGAUUCCACAGAGAGGCUGAGGAACUCGCUCGACUACUUGAGAUCUGUCCUGAACGACAGCACCAGUUUUAAGCUCAUUUAUAGAUAUGCCUUUGAUUUUGCUCGGGAAAAGGAUCAGAGAAGUCUGGACUUGAACACAGCCAAGUGCAUGUUGGGCCUCCUCCUGGGAAAGACGUGGUCUUUGUUUCCUGUCUUCAAUCAGUUUCUAGAGCAAUCAAAGUACAAAGUCAUCAACAAAGACCAAUGGUGCAAUGUUUUAGAGUUCAGCAGGACAAUCAACCUGGACCUCAGCAACUACGAUGAGGACGGUGCCUGGCCCGUUUUGUUGGACGAGUUCGUUGAAUGGUACAAGGAAAGGCAGAUGUCAUAGCUGCGGAGCUAGAUGGAAAAUUCAAAGGAGGAAUCAAAUACAACUGUGACGACGACUCUGAGAAUCUCCAGACAAUAAGUAAACAAUACAAAAGCACCCCAAUGAAACAAACGGUCAAGCAUUGACAGAGGGGGGCCUCCCUGUAAAUAAGAGGGGGGCUCUGGCUGUAGGUAGGUGGGUGGGGGUGGUGGGGUUUGGGUGUUUAGAGCGUGCAGAGGUGAAGGGGAUUGUCAUUGUGGAUUUAUGUUCCUUCCUGAAGUUGCAUCGUGGGCAAGCUUGAUGCGAUCCUUUGCAGCACUGCUCUCUCUCUCACUGUGAUGUGUCAUACUGCUGUCUGUGUUAAGGCUCAUUCAUGCUCUACGUUGGCUACGGAUACGCACACAGCCAUCCGUCCGUACCCUGCAUUCAUUAUCCCCGUACAGUGGCUCGCUAAAGCAUACAUACCUCUUGAACUUUUCAGCGUUCUACCACAUUACAGCAGCAGAAGUAAAUUAAUUUCUAUUGAGAUCUUUCAUAAUAAACGGAUCUAAUGUGUUCCAUAGUUUGAAAAGGAAGAAUUACUUCUUUUUUUUAAACGUGUAAUUUUACUUCCUCUUCAAAAGGAUGUGGCACAUAAAAUUCCAAUAAAAUACAUAUAUAUUUGUGGUUGUAAUGUAACAAUAUAAAGAAGUUCAAGGGGUGUGAAUAAUUUUGCAAGCCACUGUAUAUCGGUCCAUCUCCUGGAAGCUUCUGGAUAUGGACCCAAUGCUGUGCUACCACUGAGAAUCGUCGGGUUAAUGUUGAAAUUAGAGGCUAAUAACAGAAAUGGCUGAAGUGUUUGAGCGAAACUGCCAACAGUAAUCACCACGGACAUGCUUUUAAGUGUCCACUGGCGUUGAAGACCAUUCCCACAUGCGUCGCUGCCUCCGAUUUUUGCCGACAUCUCAGUGUUGGAGGCAGUGGUGGUGUAAAUCUUACAAGAGCAAGUUUGUGUAGGGAGUUUUCAAGUUGAAAUCCAGCUGCUGAGGGCUUGUCACUGUGGUUCACAGAGAAAGAUCCCUGACCCCCAUCUGCUCCCCGUGUGCUGCACAGUGCCUGUUAGCUCUUCCUGAAGGAUGCGUUCAUAGUAGAGAAAACUUG